CACAGUGUUCCACGUUGCUCGCCACCUCGAUAUCCCCAAAAACAAAGUUCAAACUUCAAACCAGAAAUCAGAAACCUGCCCUUCUCUUCACCUCCUCUUCUCCUUCUUCACUUCGUCUUCUUCGCCCUUAGCCAAUAUACCAGUCAAUUCUCUGCAACUCCUCGUUGCAUUCUUCCAUUCUCUCAAAUGAUCAAACACUGACUUUGAUUUUUCCCCAUCAAAAUCUUUCAAAGAGCCACCAUAAUUACAACAGAAAAUGCUGCUCGACUCGUUUCCAAUAAUCACUACAUUUCUUGUUCUUCUCCUUUCUCCACUCUCUGUCUCUCUUACCAUAGAUGGCCUCGCCCUCUUGGCUCUCAAAGCUGCAAUCACUACCGACCCUACUCAAGUUCUUGCUUCUUGGUCCGAUUCUGAUCCAACUCCAUGCCACUGGCACGGAAUUACUUGCAUUAAUCACCGAGUCACAUCUCUCAUUCUCCCAAACAGAAGCUUUACUGGUUAUCUUCCCUCCGAACUCGGUCUCCUUGACUCGUUAACUCGACUUACUCUCUCUUACAAUAACUUCUCCAAGCCCAUCCCUUCCAAUCUCUUCAAUGCCACCAGUCUACGCUCUCUUGAUUUGUCUCAUAACUCUCUCUCCGGUUCCGUCUCACCCCAGAUAAAAUCCUUAAAGGCUCUAACCCACUUGGAUUUAUCUUCAAAUUUCCUUAAUGGGUCUCUUCCUGAAUUUCUCGCUGAGCUGAAAAACCUCUCCGGAACUCUUAAUUUGUCUUAUAACGCAUUUUCCGGUAGGAUUCCGGAAUCAUACGGAAAAUUUCCGGUGAUGGUCAGUUUGGAUUUGAGGCACAAUAAUCUUAGCGGAAAAGUACCUCAGGAGGGGUCAUUGGUAAACCAGGGUCCUACUGCAUUUGCAGGAAACCCCAGUCUUUGUGGGUUUCCAUUGCAGACUCCAUGUCCAGAGGCUUUCAACAUUACGACCAGCGGAAACCCAGAAAAUCCUGAAAACCCUAGGGAUGCUAACCACGAUUUUGUUGCUGAAACCGAAGAUAAACGGAAAGCGAGAAAUAGGACGGUGGCAGUUCCUUUAAUUUCGGGUGUUUCAUUGGUGAUCGGUGCCGUCUCGGUCUCGGUGUGGCUAUUCCGGAGGAAAUGGGGUUCUGCUGCGGAGAAGGGCAAGAUGGGAGGGGAGAAUGACAUGGGUAACACCAGUGAUUUGAACGAGGACGGGCAGAAGGGUAGAUUCGUAGUGAUCGACGAGGGGUUUAAUAUGGAAUUAGAAGAUUUGUUGAGGGCAUCGGCGUACGUGGUGGGGAAAAGCCGUAGUGGGAUAGUGUACAAGGUGGCGGUGGGCGGGAGAGGAUCUGGUACGGUGGUGCCUUCCGUAGUUGCUGUAAGGAGGUUGAACGAAGGUGAUGCCACGUGGAGGUUCAAGGAGUUUGAGUCCGAGGUGGAGGCAAUUGGGAGGGUCCACCAUCCUAACAUCGUGCGGUUGAAAGCAUAUUACUAUGCCAAUGAUGAGAAGUUGCUGAUCUCCGAUUUCAUACGCAAUGGGAGCUUAUACACAGCGCUGCAUGGAGGACCUUCAAAUACAUUGCCACCACUAUCGUGGGCAGCAAGGUUGAAAAUUGCUCAAGGAACUGCAAGGGGUCUAAUGUAUAUUCAUGAAUACAGCCCUAGAAAAUAUGUUCAUGGAAACUUAAAAUCCACAAAAAUCCUUCUCGAUGAUGAGCUCCAGCCUUAUAUCUCGAGUUUUGGACUCGCCCGUCUUGUCCCCAGUACCUCCAAGUUUACAACUUCAACAUCCAAAAAGCAAAAUUUGAAUCAAGCCAUUAUAUCCUCUACAAUUGGCUCAAGGGUUUCAGCGCCCUCUAAUUUUUACUUGGCACCUGAGGCUCGAGCAUUUGGCACCAAGUUCAGUCAGAAAGGUGAUGUGUACUCUUUUGGAAUCAUCCUGAUGGAACUUUUAACUGGUAGGCUACCUGAUGCAGGACCAGAAAAUGAUGAGAAAGGACUAGAAAGUCUCGUGAGGAAGGUGUUUCGAGAAGAACGCCUGUUAUCUGAGAUUAUAGACCCAGCAUUAUUGAGUGAGGUUUAUGCAAAGAAACAGGUUAUUUCAGUGUUUCAUAUUGCACUCAAUUGUACUGAACUCGACCCUGAAGUUCGUCCCAGGAUGAAAACCGUGUCUCAGAGUCUCGAUCGCAUCAAAUUGCAAUGAAAAAUGAAAGGAUGAUUCAUGUAAAGUUUUGUAUGCAGUUGCUCAUGACUUCUGAUGCAGUUGGAUUUUUUUUUUUCAUCAGAAUCAUUGUACGAGUUUGUUCGGAUGCAUCUGUAAGUUCCAAUUUUAUCAUUUGUUCCUGUGGGGACUUCUUAGGGACUAGAUGUAUGUCUUGUUAGAUUAAGUAUUUGUAAUGUAUUCUCAAUGUGUUGAUGCCUUA